UUCUUAAGGAAGGAAAUUUUUCUGUUUUUUAUCAAAUACCCUGGCACACGGGGAGUAUUCUGUAAAUAUUUGUUCAAUCAACAAACCAGUGGGCAAAAGCAAAAUGAUCGACUGAUUUCCGGAGGAGAGACCAGUAACCCUGACCAGGCUGUCAUCUUCUCAGACCAUAAAUAAAAGAAUCCCCAAGGAAACCAGCUGUUUUCAGAUAAAGGACAACAUUUCGCCAAUUUGCAAAGUAGGAAAGAGCAUCUUUGUGUCACAAGGCAUGUAGCUUCUGUAGCUGUUUUAGAAGUUUCCAAGUGAGUCUUUGCUUAAUCAUUCCCAGUCCUCUCAGAGAACACUGUGGCUUUUCCUUUCCUCAUUGCUGGGGUGGGGUGGGGUUAUAGGAUGAACAGAAGGAAUGUGUCCUUGAGUCCAGUGGACUUAGGCCAGCAUCUCAAGCAGGAUGAAAUAUAUUGUUUACUUGGCUCAGGGUCUAUUUAGAUUUGCUCCUGCCUUACCCAGUUCAGUAGAUCUAGAAAAUAUAUGGGCUAGGGUUGUGACUUAGCAAAUUAGUAUAUAUGGCUUAUGUUUUAGAUGUACAAAUCACUUGCGUUCAGGUUCCUAGUGUGCCCAUUUAAAUGGUACCUUUGUAUUUGUGUAAGCCAUCCUAAAAGGCUUUUUUUUUUAAUUUUCCAAUAUUUUAUUAGGCAAUUUAAAAAAAAUACAGUAUAGCUCAAAGAAUUAUACAGUGAUCACCCGUACAUCCACCACAUACAUAAUUUUUUUCUUCUUUUUACAUCUAAAAGGCUUUUUAAAAAAAAUAACGCCUAUUAGCUAAAGACAGGGUUGUUUCUUUUUGCCCAACCAAAAGCAACCCAUUUGUGUUAAAUAAUAAUUUAAAAGGUAAACAUCAGUUGGAGGAAUAGUUUUCAGUCCCGAGCCCCACCCCUGAGAGCACUUCACUAUGUCUGCCCUACCCUGUGAGAAUAGAGUGGCCUGUUUUACAGCACAUGUGUUCUGCUGAUAGAAGAGUUGGCUCCCCUCCUCCUGCUUACAGACCCCCUCCAUCCCUAUGUGAAAGGCUGGUCCACUUGGGAUGAAGACAUCAAAGCUGAUUCUGAUCCAGUUAGAAAAAGAUUCUAUUGUCUUCUCAAUUCCCCAAAGUUAUCAGGCCGUAAUGAACACUUAGUCAGUUUCCUUGGGGAUCAUUGACUUAAAUCUGCAGCUCCUUGAUAUUCACCCAUAGUGACAGACCCCAAUCCCUCCUAUGUGCAGGGAGAUGGAGAAACCCAGAAACCACUUGCUUCCACUUGCUUCUACUCAGCAGAUGAAGGUUUUCAGGGUGUGUGCGGUGGCUGUAAAAUGCUAUUUUUCCUCUGUUGGUCUUAAAUGAGUUAGUCUCUUGUGUCUUGGAAAGAAGAAUGUGAACACUUUAUUGGGGAAAAGAAAUGUAUGACUGUUUCCAUUUAUAGCACUUCAGAGAAUGAACAUGAGAAAUAGUUUAAGCUGGUAAUUUUAGCCAUUAGUCCUGGCUGUGGAAUUCCGGGAGACACUGCCUUGUCUGUGUUCAAGUCAAGAUGAUUUUGUCCUCUCCGGCACAUGCAUUUCUUUUGUUCUAUGGUGUUUUUUUUCCUCUGAAGUUUUUCUUGGAGGCUCCCUGCCCUUGAUGAUGUGUAGAUGACUUUCAAAUCUGCUGUGUGUGGUUAAGAAGCUUCUUGAGAUAUCUACUGUCUUCAACUACUCUCACCUAUCACAGAAGAGAACUCCGCUUUUAAUACCAGUAUUUUCCUGGGAUAACUUGGAUUGGCAUGGACUGCUGAGGCCAGGGGGAAUUAUCUAUAAUUAUAGACAUAAUGUAAGGUGUAAACCUGAACACCAGCUGCUGUCUUUGGUUGCAAAUUAUCCAUGGGAGGGAGCAAGGGAGGAUAGCUACUUUAGCCCAAAUCCAAUCCCACACUAGAAAGACACAUCACAUGCUCUAGUUUCAUUUCUUCCCCUUUAAGCACAUGACAAUUUCAUCUCAUGAUUUCAUUCAUACCUAAAAUUCUUUUGAGUAGUAUUGAUACAACUCACUGGCUACAAUUUAGGAGUCCCGUUCCAAUGUCUCCAUAGGCUAUGCCAUUUAUCUAUGUUAAUUUAUUUCAGUGAAGCUGUUGGAGAUAAAACAAUUGGGAAUAGUGCCAGAUAGCUGGGAAUAGUGGGGACUAGGGUUAAGUUACAGGCCUUGCCUAAAAGUCAUUCAAAUUUACACUUAGAGCUGUGUGGGACAGCCAGUACACACCUCAUCUGAUUAGGCCCAGAAGCUGGAUUCUGUAUGGGAUAUUCUUGCCAAGGGAAUGGUUUACCAACUCUCAGGUAUUAGUUAGCUGCUCCUUGGCCUCCCUUGUUCUGCCCUGGAGCGUCAUGCUCUGGGCUCAUACACAGCACCCACUCUAGCUGACCUGCCUGGAGGGGCAUCUCAUCAGUUGACUUUGAACUCCAAAAUAAAGCAUUUGGAUGGGAAGCAAGACGUGGGGUCAGGGUAGCUUCAAGUUAUGGCCUGAGCAGAGUUGGCUUGUAGGGUCUCAAAAAUGCCACGCAUUUCCUCCCAGAGUCAGUCCUGGGCAAAUUCCAACUCCAUUGCUUACAAGUUGGUAGUUUUAGGAGGCAAAUUGCUUGACCUCUCUAAGCCUCAUUUUCUGCCUCUGAGAAGGGGGAUAAUGAUGGUUGGGUUGUCAUGACAUUGAAUAAAACAAUGUAGGUCAAGCAGUUAGCACAGUGCCCUGUGCACAGUAAAUGGUAUACUAACAUUAACCAUGGCUUUGGGACUUAGAGAUUUUUGUGGAUAUGCCUUGAUGAACCCCUGAAAUAAAUUACAAGAUGUUACGCUGAUGUGCGCUUUAUUUUUUCCUGCAGAGAAGAUCCAUUACCAUUCAUCAGAUUGUAAAAACAGGCCAAGAUAGAGUAGAAACUCUGAUGUUAAAGGAAGCUGGGUAAGUUGUUACAGGAUUCAGACGUUUGAGAGUUGACAAGCAUGUCCUCCUGGACCUCCCAGACCUAAAGUAUGAGCAUGAUGUUAGGUUAGCUUUUGCCACCCCUGUCAGAACUUGACUGAUCGUAGAUUCAUGCCAUUGACCCACUUUCUUCAAGGGUAGAAUCAGUUUUUUUGGUCAGUCGAUGCCAGAAUUGGAAAAGCAGAUUCCCAUUUAGCAAACGUUUCCUCAGUAGAAAUGGUCAUGUUGCUGGUCUCCAUUUGAAAGCAGAGGUAAGGAUGGGAGUAUGUGAUUAAUAAACGCAGAAAGAUGGUGAAGGUCACUGCUGAUGUUAGGACCAGAUGCAAGAGUGUCCAGAGUAGGGCUUUGCUCUAUGGCGGGCCAACAAAGCAGAGUGCUUACCUGUAUAUGUUCUGUUAUAGCUCCUGCACCUUCCCCAGGCACCCAAGAGUGAUCUGUGCAGCAGCACUCCUGUAGGGGAGUGACCUUGGAAACAUGGCUGAGGGUCAUCCUUCAUUGUCAUCUCCCUGUAGCCUAUGAGCUCUCUAACCACUGCUCCCACCCCUACCCUCCCUCUGGGCUGAAAACAUGACUGGGAGACUAAUGAAGCAGUGGGGAAAACAUCACACACCUGGUGGGGCUCUCUUCUGUCACAAUUUUUUCAGAUCUGAAUUAAAGUGCUCAGAAAACUUGGAAGGAGCACGUGGCUUCUAGGAGACACAAUUGUUGGAAAUCUUUGAUUAUUGCACUUAGGAUAAUCAGAGGAAUGACUUCAUUCCUGAUUUGUUUCUUUUGUGUAUGUAAAAGGGUAUGUUUAAAUGAUAGAAUAGAAAUUGAUGAAGAAAAAAUCAGAUGGAUGAAAGGAUGGAUAGAGGGACAAGACAGAUGGACAGUAAGUGACAAUACAGGUAUGGCCAAAUGUAAGCGAUAGGCUCUCGUCUAGGUGGUGGCUGGACAGGUGUUCACUGCAAAAUGCUUUCAAGUGCUGUGUCUCUGAACAUUUGGAUUAUACAAUACUGGCAGAAAUAUCUGGAAAAAUAAAAAUGAAAAUAGCAAGAGUGUUUUCAUGGAUUUGAGACUCCACACACUACCCUGGCCCCGUUGUUUCCCCAUUUUGCUCACAUUCUGUCUUCCUCGUGGUUUAUUCAUUCCAUUUGGAGUGCCUCUGUCAUAUUCUAGGCAUUAAGGUUACAGUGGUGAAUAAGGUGGGCCUUUGUGAGGUUCGCUUUGUGGCCUUUCACUAUUCUGGCAGAGUGGGGACAGAGAAGUGACUGUGAGAUGUUCCAUAAAAAGGAGGGAAAAAAAAAAUAUGGAAAUAGGAAGGAGUUGAUCUGCCAUAUAUAGAGGACUCAGGAAAGCUUCUCCAAGGAGGAGACAUUUGAUCUGAGAUGUGAGUGAGCAGAGGGAAUCAGCCAUGCGGAGAUGUAGGGAAAAACAUUCCAGGGGGACAGCUGGUAUAUUUGAGGAAGGGUUAGAAGGCCAGUGCAUGAGAGAAAUGAUGGGAGUGGCUGAGAAACAGGUCAGAAGGUAGCCAGAGGCUUGCGUGGUAGGCCCUAGAUGUCCCUGUGAUUGCAGGAGACGGGCCAAUGGGCAUCAUUCACAUUGGGUACCAUUCACAGUUCCUGCAAGGGAACGGGGUCCCUGAAGCCAAGAAUGUAUACAGAUACCCAGGCUUGGGCAGAGAGGCUCUGUAUGUUGGGCAGAAAGCUGCCUUCAAAAAUUCUAAGAGUUGGGGAGGCGUGGAAAAGUGACGCAAGCAGCCGCGACGCCAUUUGCCGCCGUUGAGCAUGGACGCAGGUCGAUGUCGGAAGAGCUUGGUGGCCAGACUCUCCCGCGCGUGCGCUACCUGACCUCCAGCUUCGGCUUCAUCCGGCGCUGUUCUUCGUGUCGUCGUCCCUCAGAGCAGUCACCGCCACUGCUGCCUCCCCCCAGAAAGAAGUCACAGACACUGCGAGGCCACCGUCUCCACCAUGCCCAAAAAUAAAGGUAAAGGAGGUAAAAACAGACGCAGAGGUAAGAAUGAGAAUGAAUCUGAGAAAAGAGAGCUGGUGUUCAAAGAAGAUGGACAAGAGUAUGCCCAGGUAAUCAAAAUGUUAGGAAAUGGAAGAUUAGAGGCAAUGUGUUUUGAUGGAGUGAAGAGGUUAUGUCACAUCAGAGGGAAAUUGAGGAAAAAGGUUUGGAUAAAUACUUCAGACAUCAUAUUGGUUGGUCUCAGAGACUACCAGGAUAACAAAGCUGAUGUGAUUUUAAAAUACAAUGCAGAUGAAGCUAGAAGUCUGAAGGCAUAUGGGGAGCUUCCAGAACAUGCUAAAAUCAAUGAAACUGAUACCUUUGGUCCUGGCGAUGAUGAUGAAAUUCAGUUUGAUGACAUUGGAGAUGAUGAUGAAGACAUCAAUGAUAUCUAAAAAACCUAGACAUUGUACAUUCCAGUUUUUCCAAAGAUUGUCCUGCAAUUUGGAUUUUGGCCAUCACUGCAAACGAAGAUUAAAAUCUCAUUCGCAUGAAAAAAAAAAAAACUGGAAGAGUUUUGAAGAACUGGCUCUCUUUGGUAAGUAGGACCAAUUGAUUAUUCAGAGUUGCAGAGUUUCCCUACCCCCAUCUGAAGAGAUCUAUUGGUGCAUAUACUUUUUACAUUUUCAUAUGGUAAAACUGACUCAGCAGGGGUGUCUGUGUACAGUCCUGUGCAUCUUAUUCGUAUAUAUAUCUGUGUAACCACCGCUUUGAUUGGGAUACAGAACAGUUCUAUCCCUCCAAAGAGCUCCCUCCUGCUGUGCUUGGCAGUCACACCCUUCCUCUCCCCCAGUCUCUGGCAACCACCAAUCUGUUCUCCAUUGAUAGUUCUGUCCUGUGAAUGUCAUAGAAAUGAUUCCAUUUCUAUGGAAUCAUGCAAUAUAUAAGCUUUUGAGAUAGGCUUGUCAGACUCAACAUAAUGUCCUCGAAUAUGUUUUUAAGCUUCCAAGGAGAUAUACUGAGAAUAAUAGUUAAAAGUCUUUUGGUGGGAAUGAGAGGAGGGACAGAAACACCAUGAAAAUGGCAAGGGAUGGCAAGAACCAAAAACAGGAAUGGAGGACCCAGAGGUGGGCACUGGAAAGAAGAAUAUUAGGAAAGGAACCUAUGGAUGUAAAGUGUGGUCUUUUUCAAUUUUUUAUUUUAAUUUUUAAUUUAAAAAAUU